AUCCAUAUCCAUAUAUGAAUGAAGGAAAUAUAUGAUACAGAACAUUCAUACUAUCAAUUUUACAUUAUAUAUUGCCUUUGACAACAUGGCUAAUUUUUGCAUUAAUUUUGUCUUUUGCCGACACCCUUUCUUGUCUGCUACAUGUAAUUGAUGAUUGAUUGACCCAACCUAUGUACUAUACUUCAUCCAAAAUAUCAAUAAAGCUUAGAAAUAUUUAAAUUUGUUUCUAUCUCUAUUUCCUCAAGUUUCAUUAACCACUUGAAUUUUCGUUUAUCAUUCUUGACAUGUCAGAACUUCUUUUAGGCAAUGAUGAAAGAAGAGAGAGUUCAGAGGAUGAUAAGUGGAAAAGAAUUGGCAGUCUUAAAAAGAAAGCAAUAAAUGCAUCAUGCAAAUUAAGGCAUUCUCUUAAGAAGAAAAGAAGCAGUAAAAGUAGUGGCAGUAGGAGCAAUUCCUUGUCCAUUGAGGAUGUUCGACAAGUUGAGGAGCUAAAUGCAGUGGAUGCAUUUCGACAAACACUUCUAUUAGACAACUUGCUUCCUUCAAUACAUGAUGACUAUCAUAUGUUAUUGAGAUUCUUGAAAGCAAGGAAGUUUGAUAUUGAGAAAGCAAAGCUUAUGUGGGCCAACAUGAUCCAAUGGAGGAAAGACUAUGGUACAGAUACAAUUAUAGAGGAUUUUGAUUUCAAGGAGUUACAAGAAGUCCAGAAAUAUUAUCCACAUGGUUAUCAUGGUGUGGAUAAGGAGGGAAGACCUGUUUAUAUUGAGAGGCUAGGAAAAGUUGAUCCCAAUAGGCUUAUGCAAGUAACUACCAUGGAAAGAUAUUUGAGAUACCAUGUGCAGGGUUUUGAGAAAACAUUUUCUGUCAAAUUUCCAGCUUGCUCUAUAGCUGCUAAGAGACGCAUAGGUUCCAGUACAACAAUUUUGGAUGUUCAAGGCGUGGGUUUCAAAAACUUCACCAAGUCUGCUCGAGAGCUCAUCAUUCAGCUGCAGAAGAUUGAUAGUGAUUACUAUCCUGAAACACUUCAUCAAAUGUUUAUCAUCAAUGCUGGUCCUGGUUUUAAGCUUCUAUGGAACACAGUGAAAACAUUUCUUGAUCCCAAAACUACUUCAAAGAUUCAUGUUCUUGGAAACAAGUUCCACAGUAAAUUACUUGAGAUUAUCGAUGCGAGUGAGCUACCGGAAUUUCUAGGCGGUAGUUGCACCUGUGUAGAUCAUGGUGGCUGUAUGACAUCCGAUAAAGGGCCAUGGCAAGACCCAAACAUUUUAAAGAUGGUUCUUAGUGGUAAAGUGCAGUGUUCUAAACAAAUCGUAACAAUUUCCAACGACGGGGGGAGGGUGAUUGAAUGUGAUAAAACAUCUUUUCCAAAGAUAAGAAGUGGCUAUACAUCUACUGGAGAAUCAGUAUCUGAAGUUGAAGAUAUCACCUCUCCCAAAGCAUGUGGGAAUUCUAUGAACCCUAUACUGACUCAUGUCCAAGAAGAGGCAAGUGAUGGUACAUUAAUCACGAGGUUACACCAAACAGAAAUGUUUGAUGAGUGUGUUCCCAUGGUUGACAAGACUAUUGAUGUUGGACCAAAGGAGAAGCAAGCAGCACCACGAAACUCAUUUGGCUCAAAAGAAAAUCUGCUUUUGGUGACCAGGACUGUUACAGUGGGCGUCGUUUUUGCCCUUUUUGCUUUUGUUAGAACAUUAGCAUUUCGUGUGACAAAGGGAGUAAAACGGGAGGAACUUGCUACCGGAUUCACAAAGCCAAACUCCUCCUCAUCUUCUACCUUAAAACGCCUCAGUGAGCUUGAAAAAAAUGUUGAGAUACUACAGUCAAAACUUAAUGUCAUGCCAAGUGAGAAAGAGGAGCAGCUGAAUGCUGCAGUUUAUCGUGUGGAUGCACUGGAAGCAGAGCUCAUUGCUACAAAGAAGGCUUUGUUUGAGGCUUUAAUGAGACAAGAAGAACUUUUGGCAUACAUAGACAGUCGGGAAAAAAGCAAAUUCAAGUGCUGCUGGUAAAGAGACAGUGUACAUGACGGAGUUGUUUGGUGGCUCUCUCUCUCUGCGCGGGUGUGUGUGUGGAGAAUAAAUCGACAUGUAUAAUAUAGUAGAAAUUAGAGUAAAUAGUGAUUUUGUAUGUCUGUUUCCAAUACAAACUUCUUCAUUUGAAUGUGUUCGGGUAUUGAAUAAUAUUACAUCCAUGCUGUUUUAACUUAGCAAUGGAUCAAUGAAAUCGUUAGACUAAAUAA